AUGUCGACACCUCCGCCGCCAGACCCAGAUGCUCCCCUCACAGGCUCUGCGAGCUCGGUGAACCGCCAAGGACUCGUCAUAAUCGUCUGGACAUGCUUCACCAUCGCGACCCUCUUUGUAUCGCUACGACUCUUUGUGCGAUGGCACCAGAACCGACGCUUUCUUGCAGAUGACUACUGGAUUACAUGGGCGUGGCUCUGUGCCCUCACCAUGGCUAUACUGCAGACAGAGCAGAUGGAAUCUCUGUGGUAUAUGACUCACCUCCAGGCUGGUCGCAUAGCCUAUGAUCCGAAGGAGCUUGAGUUCCAUCGCAACCAAAUCACUCGGUGGCAGUUCCCAGUCAUCAAGAUGUUCUGGAUCAUCCUCUGGUCUGUAAAAGCGAGCUUUCUGGCCUUGUUCUACACACUGGUGCAGCCGUUUCCAGUCAUCCGUCGGUGUUGGUACGGAGUCUCAGUAUUUGCAGCCUUAGCGCUCAUCGUGUGCAUCAUCUGCAGUGUCCUUACUUGCAGCCCGCCUUCCGACUACUUCCAUGGCAGUUGCGAUUCCCCACAAGAACAAUGGAGACAGACCUUUAAUGUCGUCUUCUCAACAACCGUCGACGUCGUCACGGACCUCAUGAUCAUGGCGCUCCCGAUCGCAGUACUACCCUCUUUACAACUCGAUAGGAAGAAGAAGAUUGGACUCGGAAUUGCGUUUUCGCUGGGUAUAAUCAUCAUCUGCGUCGCCGUUGUUCGCAUGACAAAAGUCAUCGUUGGAAACCAGGUCGAUCUCGUGGGCUUAGCUAUUUGGGGCGCCGUGGAAACAGCAACAGCUCUUGUUGUCGGCUCGUUACCGGCACUCAAGGGCUUGCUUACCCGAGGCAUCAAGAAGUACGCGACGUCGAGGAGUGGUAGAUCUGAUCCCGCCGAUUACGGCAGUGGAAGUGCCCAGCGUCGUCGGGGCCAAGGCUCAGCAUUGACGCCUCGGGCUAUUAUGGUUCCUGAUCGCAUCCCUCUUGAUGAUGUCCAUCACAGUGGCCAAGUUGACGGUGGGAUAUAUGUCCACAAAAACGAAACAUUCACGAUGGCUACUACGAGGGAUGAUAGCUCUUCUCAGAGCGAUGGGGAUGAAGUAGCGAUAGUGAGGAGAGCACCAAGAUUAGAAUAG